AAGGGGAGCUGACGAAUUAAAUACCUUGAAUGAACCUUAAUUAUAUCACAGAUUAAUAUUGUACAGUCGUAGGUAUAUUCUAUUUAGAAUGACUGAAAGACACACCUAAAGUCGAAGGAUGGCCGAUUCCACAAAAGAAAUAAUCAAUGGAAUAAUUCAAGGAUUUAGAGAUAGCAUUUUAGGUAUAUUGAAAAUUUUUAGAUAUGAAGCAACUGAUUCAAGUAGUGAUGGUGAGCAAAAGAAAACUGAACCAAAGACAACUCUGGCCCGUCGGAGAGCAGAAAAACAAAAACUAAAAGGAAGCUCUGAGGUCAAAGAAACUAAAAAAGAACCCACUGUAAAGCAGAGACUUUUCCAAUGUUCACUAUGGAAUGGAGGUGUUUUUUUGAUGAGUAUUUUAUUAUUUCACUGGGCCUUACUACCAUGUUUGCUGUGGUUUACAGAGUUGAUAUUUGCUGGAUCAGAAAACCUUCAUGUGACCUGGCUAUGGAUCAGCUCCAUCUUGUCUUGGAUUUUUGGAGCUCUCUGGAUUUUACCUUUAUUUGCCAUCAGUAAAAUUGUAAACUGCAUGUGGUUCCAGGAUAUUGCAGAUGCAGCUUACAUUAAAUCGAGGGGUCGUCCAACUCCAAUAAAUCUAAGUGUAUUGGUGGCUGACCUAUUGUUCAGCGUUUUGCUCCAGGCAUUCUUCCUUAUUCAGAGUACUUUGGCCACGUUUCUUCCUAUACCUGGGGUUGGAUAUAUGGUGGGCUUUCUUCACAUGACUCUUCUCUACUCUCUGUAUGCGUUUGAGUACAAAUGGUUUAAUAUGGGUUGGGAGGUUCACAAACGUCUGGCGUACAUUGAGUCCUACUGGCCAUACUUCUUUGGAUUUGGCAUUCCUCUUGCCUUUUUAACGUCCAUGUCAUCCUCUGUGAUCAUUAGUGGUUGCAUUUUCUCCAUACUCUUCCCGUUGUUCAUAUUGAGUGCCAAUGAUGCAGAUGAAAAUUCACAAAUCUGCCAUUCACCAUUGAGACUCUUUGCUCCAGUUGUGAUGAUUACAAAUAUUCUUUUUCGACAAUCGGUGAAAUCCAAAAGUACGCCUGUAAAUACUCAACAGUCUUCAUCUCCUAGGAAACAGACACGCAUCACUGAACCAUCAACUUAUAGAUGACAAAGUGAAAAUAAUGUACUUCUGAAUACUAAAUAUAAUUAUAUAUAAAGAGUUGUGUGAAUGAACGUAUAGAGACUUUGUAUAAUUAAUAUAUAAUUAUGAUAUCAUGACUACAUGUCUGUGUUAGUUUUAUUUGAAUGAAUUUGAAGGACAAUGUGAAUGGAGUAUGGAAUUUGUGAGAAAAAAAUAAUUUUUAAAAUUGGAAUGAUUGUGAUCAAAAUGAACCAGUAAUGUGUAUAUUACAGUGAAAUCUGUUUAUGUACGAGUCUCUCUAAUUGUCAAGUAUUGCAUUUUGAUUUAAUAAAAACACAUUAUCAUU